CAGAUAAUCAGCACCAUGGAAACACAGGCCAGUAAUGGUCCCGGCAGCGUGGGCAUCCUCAACGGCACAAAUGGGGCCGCGGACGAUAGCAAAACCAACUUGAUCGUCAACUAUCUUCCACAAAACAUGACACAGGAAGAAUUCAAGAGCCUGUUCGGCAGUAUUGGAGACAUUGAAUCUUGCAAGCUGGUCAGAGACAAAAUUACAGGUCAGAGCUUAGGAUAUGGAUUUGUAAAUUACGUGGAUCCCAAUGAUGCAGAUAAGGCCAUUAACACCCUCAAUGGGCUGAAGCUACAGACUAAGACCAUUAAGGUAUCCUAUGCUCGGCCAAGCUCUGCCUCCAUACGCGAUGCCAAUCUCUAUGUGAGCAGCCUUCCAAAAACUAUGAAUCAGAAGGAGAUGGAGCAGCUUUUCUCACAGUACGGCAGGAUCAUCACCUCUCGUAUUUUGGUUGACCAAGUCACAGGUAUGACAGGGGUCUCGCGAGGAGUGGGCUUUAUCCGGUUUGAUAAGAGGAUAGAGGCUGAGGAAGCAAUCAAAGGGUUGAAUGGGCAAAAACCACUGGGAGCUAGUGAACCAAUCACAGUGAAAUUUGCCAACAACCCCAGCCAGAAAACAGGUCAGGCCUUGCUUACCCACCUUUACCAGACCACAGCCCGGAGGUACACAGGACCCCUUCACCACCAGACACAGAGAUUCAGGCUGGACUCUUUAAUAAACAUGGCGUAUGGAGUCAAGAGGUUCUCUCCUAUCACCAUUGACAGUGUUACCAACCUUGCUGGAGUCAGCUUGACUGGUCCCACUUCUGCGGGCUGGUGCAUCUUUGUCUACAACCUCUCCCCAGAGGCCGACGAAAGUGUCCUGUGGCAACUGUUUGGGCCAUUCGGAGCAGUGACAAACGUGAAAGUAAUUCGGGACUUUACCACCAACAAGUGCAAAGGCUUUGGAUUUGUCACCAUGACAAACUACGACGAAGCAGCCAUGGCCAUUGCCAGCCUGAACGGAUACCGGCUUGGAGAUAGGGUCUUGCAAGUGUCAUUCAAGACCAGUAAACAGCACAAAGCAUGA